AUGUCGGGCCUCGAGGUCGCUGGCAUUGUGCUUGGAGCGUUGCCGCUUAUCAUCUCAGCCUUGGAGCACUAUGCGCAGGGUGUCAACACAGCCAAACGAUUCUGGCACUUCAAAUCCGAAGUGAGAUUCCUGUUACUUCGAAUCAACUCGGAGAAGGCCACAUUUGUCAACACCCUUGAGCAUCUCCUUACAGGAAUCGUCAGGAUUGAUAGAAUGGCAGGAAUGUUGGCGAAUGUAGGCGGUGAAGAGUGGCAAGACGAGUCCAUCGAACAGUGUUUGAAAGAUAGGUUACGCGGCGCGUAUGAGGUGUACUUGGCCAAUGUGCAGGGAAUGGCAGGAGCGCUACAAAAGAUUAUGGACAAACUAGCGCUGGCACCUGACGGCAAGCCUCCUUUCUCAGACCUCAAGCUGUUCAAGAAAGAGUUCAACAGACUGAAGUUUGGGCUCAGCAAAUCGGAAUACACAGAACAACUCAACGAUCUGACAACGCACAACCAGUAUCUGUCCAGCCUCACCAAGCAGUCUCUCGAACUGGAACCGUCGCGCACAAAAUCCAAAUCAAACCAGUGUCCCAACUUUCGUGUCUUACAAGAGUAUGCACGCUCCUUGUACGAAACUCUAAAGUCGGGUCUGCGAUGCGGUUGCAGCGGUCAUGCAGUCAAAUUGCGAUUGGAAAGUCGAAAUCAGAAACUGCAGCAAGGAUAUGAUGCGCUGGAUCAUACGCCAUUUCGUGUGGUAUUCACAAACGAAACUGUGACGGCGUCACCGCAACCGAUAUCAUGCAACUAUUGGAAAUGGACUGAAGCGGACAUCCGGUACAUCGCCGACCAGCCCGACAAAAAGCCACCCCCGCCAUGCAUGCAUAGAGCUCUCACUUCGCCCAAGCUCCCGAAAACGGUCAGAUUCAUGCAGACUGAGUCUCGAUCGAGCAGCAGCAGCACCAUCACGCUUGUCGAAAACUCAAGUACAUCUGGUAUGAGUUCCACACCAACGCAUAUAGAAGACUUGUGUAAAGCAGUCGGAGCGCUUGGCAAUGCAAAACACGACCUAUGUAUUGGCUACUUGAUCGACGAUGACAAGCGAAAACACGGAAUCUAUCCACUGGAGGCGUCGAGCGGCUCUGAUCAGCAAAAAUGGGUAGCGUACUCAUUGCGGCAAGUGCUUACCAAGCACACAAAUAUCGGGCGGCCACUGAGACUCCAGGAUAAGCUUCGAAUUGCAGUAGACUUGGCGUCGAGUGUACUCCAACUCUACAGGACACCGUGGCUGGAUGAGCACUGGAGUGACAACGACGUAUAUUUUAUUCAUCGUCCAGGUGUACCAUUGUCUGCACUCUACGAUCAUCCGUUCGUUUAUCGCAAUUUGUCAUCGGCAUGCACGAUCCAGCCACAUGACACCCAAAGAGCAGUCGCAAAAGUCAUACGAAACCAGACACUUUACACGCUCGGUCUAGUGCUCAUCGAGCUUAUCUAUGGCAACCCAAUCGAAGAGCUGCAAAUUCCCCAAGACCAAGAUUGCGCAGGUACGCCAGGUGUCACGUGGUGCACGGCUGAAAGACUACUUGAUGAAGAUAUCGAGUUCAAUGCUCCCACACAUUACGUGGAAGCGGUCAGGCGAUGUAUUCGAUGCGAUUUCAAUCGAAAAGAAUCCAGUCUUGACGAUGAGGCUUUCCAACAGGCAGUCUUUGAAGGGGUGGUGGCGCCCCUGGAGAAGACACUUCAGCAUUUUCUGCGUGGCGAUUGA